UGGCGACGACGCCCCAGCCCGGCACACACUCAGUCUCAUCCAUCCGUGGCCCCAUUGAUUUUCUCGGACGGUCUACUCUGUAACGCUAGUCUGUUGGUCUGGCUCAGCGAUCUCGCUUCCAGCAUCACCCCAAAUGCAAGAUUCCACUACAGCUUCGAUGCCUUCCGCCAUGGCUACCGCACGUAUUAUCGAAGAUCUUGGCAGCAUAUCGUACCCGAAGGAAUCAAGAGCCCCGAGGUCGAGCUCAACGUGAACGCCAAGCGUGGCAAGUUCAGAUACGACCGCGAAUUCCUCAUGCAGUUCAUGGAGAUCUGCCAGGAUAAGCCUGACAACCUCCUGUCACUCGAUGCCAUCGGUCUCGAGCCCUCUGAACAAUCCGCUGGUGUUCCGGUGAGUCGCGGUGGUUCGCAACGGCACUCGUCGUCCGCCAUGGGCCCGCCGCCUCCGAACUUUGCGCGCCAGCUGCAGGGCCUUGGUCUUCCAAAUCUCAAUGGUCCGACUGGCAGCUUCACCAUGGGCAAGUUCGCGACGCCGGGCAUAAAGACCAGCGAGGACUGUUUCAAGGAGGCGAGCAUGGGCCUUCCAGCCUCGAUGGCCGGUGGUCCUCCGGGCGUUGGCACGCAGUUCGGCGCACGACCAUCUCCCAUGGUCCGCUCGUCCAGUCAAGACGGUCCAGCGCGAUUGUCAGCAAGCGUACCAGGAGCAAGCGGGAUGUCGACCGUGGAGAGGCGAACAAGGGUGGUCCGGAUCCGUCCUUUGGUAGUUUGUCGCUCUCGCAGCCUGGUAUGAUGUCUCUCGAGCCGGUGGCGCCGCUCGAGCACUCCACAAAUCGUUGGCAACCUACGAGCCAUAGCAAGAAGCCGCAGCAGGUCGAACCAGACUCGCCGGACGUCGUCGAUCGUAAGGUCCGCGCGCUGCUCAACAAGCUUACGAUGGAGCGCUUUGACUCGAUCUCUGACCAAAUCAUCGCAUGGGCGAAUAAGUCAGAAUACGAGCACGAUGGGCGGACGCUCAUCCAGGUUAUCCGGCUCGUGUUAGGGAAUGCAACAGAUGAGGCAAGGUGGUCGGAGAUGUACGCGCGGUUGUGCCGCAAGAUGAUGGAGCAGAUUAGCCCGAAGGUUCAGGACGAGGGUAUCAAGAACGCAGAGGGUAAACCCAUUGCGGGUGGUCAGCUCUUCCGUAAAUAUCUCCUCAACGGGUGCCAGGAAGACUUCGAGCACGGAUGGGCUGCGAAGGAAAGCACUGCCGCGGCCG